AUGCACAGGUGUGAAGCCGUUCAUGUGAAGCCGUUCAUGUGCGACCUGUUGCUGAUGUUUUUGUUUCUGCAGGUGAAGCCGUUCAUGUGGGUUUUCCUGCGCAGGAAGAGCCUGCGGGGAGCACCAGACCGUCCACACCGGGGCGCGGCCGUUCCCCUGCCCGCUCUGCGGGAAACGCUUCUCCACCGCCAGCAACCUGCGGGCGCACCGGCGCUCGCACUCGGACGAGCGGGCCGCACCCGUGCAGCGUCUGCGGCAAGGCCUUCAAGUGCCGGGUGGGGGCUGCUGCAGCACCAGGUGGUGCAUUCUGGGAAAAAACCCUUCACCUGCCACGUCUGCGGCCUCGGCUUCGGCCUCAAGUACAACCUGCAGAGACACCUGCACCUGCACAACGGGGACAAGCCCUUCAGGUGCGACCAGUGUGGCGAGGGUUUCUCGGGGACGUGGGCGCUGAAGAACCACAUGUUGGUCCACGGCGUGGAGAAGCCGUUCAUGUGCGACCUGUGUGGGAAGACGUUCUUCUACAACUGCCAGCUGCAGAAGCACCAGCAGCUGGCCCACUGCAGCCCGGACCGGCGGGGGGCGGGCCGCGCGGCGGGCCGGCGCCGCGGCGCAGCCGCCGCCAAGCCGUUCGCCUGCAAGUCCUGCCCCAAGACCUUCAGCAGCGGCAGCGCGCUGAAGACGCACGAGAAGAUCCACGACCAGGACCAGCGCUUCUCCUGCGACGCCUGCGGCAAGAGCUUCACGCAGCGGCACCUGCUGCUGAGCCACCGGCGGCUGCACGGCGGCGAGCGGCCGCACGCCUGCGGCGUCUGCGGCAAAGCCUUCCUGCUGGCGUCGCAGCUGAAGCAGCACGAGCUGCUGCACUCGGGCGAGAAGCCGUACCGCUGCCAGACCUGCGGCAAGGAGUUCCGUCGGCCGCAGAACUACCACCGGCACCAGCUGGUGCACACGGGCGAGAAGCCGUACCAGUGCAGCGUCUGCAGCCGCCGCUUCCGCCAGUCCAACCAGCUCAAGUCGCACAUGCAGAUCCACACGGGCGUCAAGCUGUACGGCUGCCGCCGCUGCCAGCUCGGCUUCUCCGACUCCCGCCAGCUCAAGAAGCACCGCUGUGGCGGCCCGGGGGGGGGGGCCGGAGGACGGCCCGCUGGGGGACGGCCCGCUGGGGGACGGCCCGGGGGACGGCCCGGGGGACGGCCCGGGGGACGGCCCGGAGGACGGCCCGGAGGGGGGACUGGGGGGCGGCCCAGGCCUGGAGGGCAGCUCCUGGACGACUCAAGACUCGGGGAGUUUGUCCUGAUGAAGAUGAAGGUGAAGGUGGAGCAGCCGGAUCUUCAGACUAAAGACCAAGACUAA